AUGCCCGUGAAAGCCAUACCUAAGACUUCGUUAGCACGUAACGGUGUUGGAGCAUUCGUUGUUCCAUGUCAUAGAGUGACAGUUCAAUACUGUAAUUGGGGUGGAUCAUCGAAUGGAGUUCGUGAAUUAUUAAAAUCCGGGAAAUUGAAUAAAGUAGCAUCAACCAAACCACAAAUUGUUUUUGACAUAGUUAAAAGAAGUGGACACCCGCAAUUAAAGUUCCAUUAUAAUAAUGACGUUGUUAAGGAUGUUGAUGUUCGUAAUUUGAAAGACUCAGAAGUUUUAAAGAAAUUACAUGAGCAUUCACAAAGUAGUGGGAAUCCAUUAUACAAGUAUAAUCAUAAAGUUAAGUCUGUUAAUGAGUCUGUUAGAGGUAUCUGGUCUCCAUUACAUGUUUUCAAAGAAAACAGACAUAAAAUUUGA